GGGGGGGCGGUGGCGGGACGGAGCGCGGGCCAUGGAGGUGAAGAAAGCUUUCUUCGCGCUGGUCACCAACGGCGUGCGGGCUGCCCCGCUGUGGGACAGCAAGAAGCAAAGUUUUGUGGGUAUGCUGACCAUCACCGACUUCAUCAACAUCCUGCACCGCUACUACAAGUCGCCCAUGGUGCAGAUCUAUGAGCUGGAGGAGCACAAAAUAGAGACAUGGAGAGAGGUCUACCUACAAGACUCCUUCAAGCCACUGGUCUGCAUCUCCCCCAACGCCAGCCUCUUUGAUGCUGUCUCCUCCCUGAUCCGCAACAAGAUCCACCGCUUGCCUGUCAUCGACCCUGACUCGGGGAACACGCUCUACAUCCUCACCCACAAACGCAUCCUUAAGUUCCUCAAACUCUUUAUAGCGGAGGUCCCAAAGCCCGAGUUCAUGGCCAAGACACUGGAGGAGCUGCAGAUUGGCACCUACAACAACAUUGCCAUGGUGCGGACCAGCACCCCCAUCUACGUGGCGCUGGGCAUCUUUGUGCAGCACCGCGUGUCCGCUCUGCCGGUCGUCGAUGAUUCAGGGCGGGUAGUGGAUAUCUACUCCAAAUUUGACGUUAUUAACCUGGCAGCAGAGAAGACCUACAACAACCUGGAUGUGACGGUGACGAGGGCGCUGCAGCACCGCUCCCACUACUUCGAGGGCGUCCUCAAGUGUUACAAGCACGAGACGCUGGAAACCAUCAUCAACCGCUUGGUAGAGGCUGAGGUUCACCGGCUGGUAGUGGUGGAUGAGAGCGACGUGGUCAAGGGGAUCGUCUCUCUCUCGGACAUCCUGCAAGCCCUGGUCCUCCCACAGGGCCCCUGA